UGAGCUCAAGCAGAAGCUUAACAGCCAUCAAAUAAAACUGGAUAUGAAAUCCAACCAGAACCAGAGCCGGCAAGAGUAUACUGAAAAAAACAUAUUUACCGAUAAUGCUGAUCAGAAUAGGGACUCUAAACAGCUGAAUUAUGAUAAAAAACCUGAGAAUAUUCUAAGUGACACUUUUAAUUCUAAAGAGGAGACUAUGCUAAGAAAGCUAUAUAAAUCAACCAAGAAGCAGGCUGAUGACUGAUUUGAGACUUAUAACAAGCAUUCUAUCGAGCAUGUUCAACCAAAGUGAAGGAUCUCUAAGAGAGAAUAUUCUACAGAGUCUUCCCCAGCUUUAAAAAAGAGCCUCAGACCAAUUGUGAGGAAUGACUACUGAAUGAGGAGUUACAAGAAGUGGUCUAAAAGAAACCCUCAUUGGCUACUUACAAGUAAUGCAAAGAAAGAUAAAGCUGGAAUUUCGAAGUCCAACUCUUGUGUUAAUAUGAUAAAGAAAAAUAAAGUCAACUCAUUUAUUAUUCCGAGUGUAAGACUUGACAGAAAACAAUCUAAAGAUAAGGACGAUGGAAUGACUAAUGAGAUCGAAUCUCAAUGACCACAAAUGAUGGCUCUCUUUGGUUCUCAAGUCUGUACUGAAGAGGAGAUUAGUCAGAUUAGAAUAGAUAAAUCAGAGGAACUUAGCGAGGAGCCUGUCGUUAUUGAUGAAGACACAGUUCCCAUGAUACAAAAGGAAACUGAUGAAGAAUUAAAUACUCCAACUCUCAAGAAAUCCUUAUCCCGGCUCAGCAGGAAUCAGACAGGUUAUCCUAUCCCUUCGAAAGCAAUAACAUUAGGGUAUGGGAAAGAUGAAAGAAACCAUGAAAGAGCGUUUAUGGAUAAACUUAAAACAACUGAAUGACCUAAGAGGUAUAAGAAUAUCUCUGAAAAGCAAUAGCUUUAUUAAAA